GACACAGACACGCCCGGCCGGAUCAUCGUAGGCCUGCCCUCGACGUCCGCCGAACUAAUUUUAAUUUGAUAAUCAUAUAUACGCUUCAAUCAUCAUAACUAACCCACAUGAUCCCCCCCCCCUACUACUCCUACUCCCACCACCUACAGGCUACAGUUGCCGUCCACAUCGCCCGCCGCGAUUGGCCGUGACCUCCGUCAAGACACAGCAUGAGAACCAGCCAAUCACAAAAACACGCCAAACUUUCGGAACAAGAAAAAAAGGCGUAAAAAAUUCAGAUGAAAAAUACAAUUUCGUAGAAAAAGUAAACAGCCACACCGGUCAACUUUACAAAUGGCAGCCGAAACCAAAGCGCGUCUUUGUGCGUGUAUAUAAACACCGAACUCGCAGUGACGCAUCAGCAAUAAGCGCAAACGCACACAAGCGGAGGACAAACAAACAGCAAGAGAGCGGAACGCCGAAAGGCAAAGGCAAAGGCAACGGCAACGCAAGCCAGAGGCAGAGCGCGCCCCGCCACGAUGAAGAAGGAGGAGGUGGCCUCGCCGGCGGCGGCGACGGUGGUCCUGCUGCUCCUGUCGUCGUCGUUGGCGGCCGUCUCCGGCCAGCCACAGCCGCAGCCGCAGCCCGGGGGCAGCAAGCAGACGGCGGCGAACAACCCGCGGCUGCAGAAGGCGUACGUGGCGCUGCAGGCGCUGAAGCGCGCGGUGACGGAGGACCCCAAGAACCUGACGCGGAGCUGGUGCGGGCCGGACGUGUGCGGCUACUUCGGCGUGUACUGCGCGGCGGCGCCGGACGAGCCGCGGGAGCAGACGGUGGCCGGGGUGGACCUGAACCACGGCGACCUGGCGGGGACGCUCCCGGAGGAGCUGGGCCUGCUGGCGGACCUAGCGCUGCUGCACCUCAACUCGAACCGGUUCGCGGGGACGCUCCCGGAGUCCCUCCCCAAGAUGCGGCUCCUGCACGAGCUGGACGUGAGCAACAACCGCCUCUCGGGCGGGUUCCCGCAGCACAUCCUGUGCCUGCCAAAUGUGAAGUACGUGGACCUGCGGUUCAACGAGCUGCGCGGGCCGGUGCCGCCGGCGCUCUUCGACAAGCCGCUGGACGCCGUCUUCCUCAACGACAACGCCUUCGACUUCGAGCUGCCGGACAGCCUGGGCAACUCGCCGGCGUCCGUGCUCGUGCUGGCCAACCUGCGCCUGCGCGGGUGCAUCCCGCGCAGCGUGGGCCGCAUGGCGGGCACGCUGGCCGAGCUGGUGGCGCUCAACUCGGGCCUCCGCUCCUGCCUCCCGCAGGAGCUGGGCUGGCUGCGCGAGCUCACCGUGCUGGACCUCAGCUCCAACCAGCUGCAGGGGAUGCUGCCGGAGUCCAUGGCCGGCAUGCACAGCCUGCAGCAGCUCCACGUGGCGCGCAACGAGCUGUGGGGCCACGUCCCCGAGGGCGUCUGCGCGCUGCCCGCGCUCCGCAACUUCACCUACUCGUACAACUACUUCUGCUCCGAGCCAAGCCGCUGCCUCGACGUCCGCCACGUCGACGACCGCCAGAACUGCAUCGCCGCCCGCCCCGACCAGCGCCCCGCAGACCAGUGCCUCGCCUUCCUCCACCGCCCGCCCGUGCGCUGCGACGACAGCGGCUGCUUCGCCCCGCCGCCGCCGCACUACUAGAGAUCCAUGCGUACUCUGGCUCUGCCGGCGGUGGGAGAGAGACAGAAGGAGAGGGAGACAGUCGCCGCCGGCUCGCCGCGUCGGGGCUUGUAAACUUCGCUUGUGUGGACGUGUGGUGAGGGAUGUGAGAGUGAGACCGAGAGGGGGGGUAAAUCCGUAAACAGAAAACGACCGUAUAUAUUAUACAGCUGUAAUUCUUUUUUUCUUCUUCUUUUACCUUACUUUCCACAGGAGUGGUGUCGAUUGGAGUAUUUGGUGGGAUAUAUUGUAGACAGAAACUAUAGUGAAUUUUACAGCGUUAAUUCAAUUACCCACUGACCAGUGACCAA